AAUAACUUUUCAUGCCACGUAUUUUUAUCAUCCAUAUUUACUUUUUAUACAAUAAAUUAAUUAAUAUUAUUAUCUAAGACUUAAAACAUCAGUUUAUAAUUUUAGUAUGUAAUUUAAGUGCGGGUAAUUUAAAUUUAAAAAGUUAAGUUUUUUAAAUUUAUAUAUUAAUUUUGUUAACAACGUCAAUGAUAACGGCCAUCUUGGUGGAGUGAAGAGGUGAGGAAUAGACUGAAAGACAAGACCACCCGAUGUAGGUGUUUUCUAUUUAGUACCUAGUGCAUAUAUUAUUAUUAUAUUUCAUAAAGUUUAUAACGUGUGAUAUAAAUAUAAUAAUGCUCGUUAAAGUUUAAAAAAAAGUCUGACUUUUUAUCCCACCACAGAAAGUGCUGGUAUUCAGGAUAAAUCGUGUGGAGCUGAUUAUUGUCAAGUUUUACUGUGUACCAGUUUCGUUUUUAUAUUUCAAGAUAUUUAUUGCUGAUUUAUAACCAUGAAUGCUUCAGAACAUGGGUUUAACCCGGCAUUUAAUAUGGCCUCCUUAAAACAGGCAUUCAAUGAAGCUGUUGAAAGAGUAUCAACAGUGAGAAUGCCAGCACCAACUCGACUACGGGAUUUGAUAAGACAAAUAAGAGCUGCCCGUACAGCUGCCGAAGAACGUACGGUCGUCAACAAGGAGUGCGCGUACAUAAGAUCGACCUUUCGUGAAGAAGACAGCGUUUGGAGAUGUAGGAAUAUUGCUAAGCUUCUUUAUAUUCAUAUGCUAGGUUAUCCUGCACACUUUGGUCAACUUGAGUGUCUGAAACUCAUUGCAUCUCCAAGAUUUACAGACAAACGCAUUGGUUACUUAGGCGCAAUGCUGCUGCUUGAUGAGCGGCAAGAUGUCCACCUUCUUAUCACCAAUUGCCUAAAAAAUGACUUGAACAGUUCAACGCAAUUCGUCAUCGGCUUGGCUCUGUGUACACUAGGAGCUAUCGCAUCACCUGGAAUGGCGCGAGAUCUUGCCGCGGAAGUCGAGCGAUUGAUGAAAUCACCCAACGCGUAUAUCAGAAAAAAAGCGGCGCUCUGUGCGUUCAGAAUAAUCCGACGUGUACCGGAACUCAUGGAGAUGUUUUUGCCAGCAACCAGAAGUUUGUUGACGGAAAAAAAUCACGGGGUUCUUAUCACUGGAGUCACUCUUAUCACCGAAAUGUGCGAGAACAGCAUCGAUACGUUGAAUCAUUUUAAAAAGGAAUGCGGCCACCGUGAGAUUGUUCCCAACCUCGUGCGAAUUCUCAAGAACUUGAUCCUCGCGGGCUAUUCUCCAGAGCACGACGUCUCCGGUGUAUCAGAUCCUUUCCUUCAAGUGAAGAUCCUCCGGCUGCUGCGGAUCCUCGGACACAACGACGUGGACGCUUCCGAAGCCAUGAACGACAUUCUAGCCCAGGUCGCUACCAACACAGAGACCAGCAAGAACGUCGGCAACACGAUACUCUACGAGACCGUACUGUCCAUCAUGGACAUAAAAUCAGAGAGCGGAUUACGAGUCCUGGCAGUCAACAUCCUCGGAAGAUUUUUGCUUAACAACGACAAGAACAUCCGCUACGUCGCUUUGAACACUCUUUUGAAAACAGUUUACGUGGACACCAGCGCAGUACAGAGGCACCGCUCGACGAUCCUCGAGUGUCUCAAAGAUCCUGAUGUCUCUAUAAGAAGACGCGCUAUGGAGUUGAGUUUUGCUCUGGUGAACACCAGCAACAUCAGGAAUAUGAUGAAAGAACUUCUUCUGUUCCUCGAACGAGCUGAUCCAGAAUUCAAAGCCCAGUGCAGCAGCAACAUCGUCAUGUCCGCUGAAAGAUACGCUCCCAAUAAACGCUGGCACCUGGAGACUUUAUUCAAAGUCCUCGUUGCUGCUGGCAAUUACGUAAGAGAUGACGUUGUCGCCUGCACCAUUCAGUUGAUAUCCGAGACUCAGGCGCAACAGGCUUACGCAGUAAAUGCUCUUUGGCAUGCACUGGAAAAAGAUACUUUUGACAAACAACCGCUAGCUCAAGUUGCCACCUGGUGCAUUGGUGAAUAUGGAGAUCUGCUGCUCUAUGGACAACCUCCGGAAGAUGUUGAGGCUCCUGUUAAUUUAACUGAAGAUGAUGUGAUCGAUGUAUACCAGAGGCUACUUUGGAGUCCACAAAAUACAGUUAUAACAAAGCAAUACACACUUUUGUCGUUGACAAAAUUAAGCACGAGAUUUCAGUGUGGAAAUGAUAGACCGCCUCGAUUUUACAGGAAGAUCCGCCAGAUAAUUGACACAUUCGGCAGCAAUCUACAUGUUGAACUUCAGCAACGAGGAAUUGAAUUUUCCCAACUCUUCCGGAAGUACGAUCAUCUGAGACCGGCGUUACUGGAACGGAUGCCGCCGAUGGAGACGGCUAAGCCACAAGCCAAUGGAAUCAUCGGAAUGGUCAAUGGAGACCAGGAUGUGGAAGAAGAGAAGCCGGCUGCCGAAGUCUCACCUUCAGCGGACUCUAGUGCUCUGCUGGAUCUUCUUGGAUCAUCAGACCUGGGCAUGCCCUCAGUGUCCUCUCCAACCACCGCAGCAUCACCAGCAGUAACUCCCGUCAAUAACAAUGAUCUGCUGGACCUUCUUGGAGGUCUCGAUCUUACCAGCACACCAGCUCCCGCGUCUGUCGCUCAAAUUCAAUCACCGUCAGCUUUCAGUCCUACAAACUUUUUGGUUGACGGGCUUUUGAGUUCUGCUCCACAGAACGACGUGCAGAGUAUGGUCAUCUUCGACAACGCCGGGUUGAAAAUAACAUUCAAAGUUGAACGUGCGACUGAUUCGCCUGAUCUACUUGUCAUCAACAUGACCGCUGUCAACACAAACGCAACACCGCUCACAGACUUUCUUUUCCAAGCGGCAGUUCCUAGGACAUUCCAAUUGCAAAUGCUUUCGCCAUCGGGUACCGUAAUCCCACCAUCAGGACAAGUCACUCAAGUUCUCAAAGUAUCCAGUCUCAAUAAUGGAACUUUACGAAUGCGCUUACGUAUUUCUUAUACCGGACCAUCGGGACCAGUACUAGAACAAACGGAAGUUAAUAAUUUUCCACUGAUGGGAGUUCAGUGACAACAUGCAAUUCAAAAUGAAAUUGUAUAUACGCCUGCCUAAAAAAAAAGUUAAUAAAGAAAAUAUCCGCGAAAUUUAAUUACAAUGUACACAGAAAAAAAGGAUUUCUUGGCGCAAAAAUUUUUAUUUAUCCCAAGAAAAUUUUUACUUGCUCUGGGAAAAUUUUGAAUUAUAAAUUGAAAACGAAAAUUUUCAUGGGGCAAAAUAGAAAUUCUCUGGGGUGAAAAAUUUUUCUUGCCGCUAAAAUUUUUACUUAACCCAAGAAAAUUUUUACUCGUUCUAAGAAAAAUUUUGAAUUAUGAAUUGAAAAUGAAAAUUUUCUUAGGUCGAGAAAAAAAUUCUCUGGGAUGAAAAAAAAUUUUCUUGCUGCUAAAAUUUUUACUUGACCCAAGAAAAUUUUUACUCGUUCUAAGAAAAAUUUUGAAUUAUAAAUUGAAAAGGAAAAUUUUCUUGGGUCGAGAAAAAAAUUUUAUUGAGCCGAGAAAAAAUUCUUUGGGAUGAAAAAAAAUUUUCUUGUUGCUAAAAUUUUUACUUAACCCAAGAAAAUUUUUACUCGCUCUAAGAACAUUUUUGAAUUAUGAAUUUAAAACGAAAAUUUUUUUGGGUCGAGAAAAAAUUUUACUGAGCCAAGAAAAAAAUUAUUUGAGGUGAAAAAAAAAAUUUCUUGGCGCAAGAAAUUUUUUUUUCACUUCAAAAUGAAAAAUUUUUUUUUCUGUGUAUAUUUUCAGGUAUUUCUGUACUUAAAAUUAUAAUUAUUUUUACAAUAUUGUUAUUAUUGACUGAAAAGUCAUGAAUUGUAUGAUAAGACAAUUAAAUUCAUACCAUGGUUUUAUUUAAAAUUUUUAUACCGUAAUGUGGAAUAUCGCCAUCGUAUUUUUUUUAACGCAUCGUAGAUUUUAUUAUUAUUAUUUAAUUAUAUUAAAAAAAAUUGUCAGUAUCAAUAGUAGUUCCGUCCUUUAUUUUGGUGUGAGAUGGAAGUAAUAAAUGCGUAUUAAAACCAUUGAAUUAAAAUAAUAAUAAUAAUUAUUAUUAAGUUUAAAAGAACAUCAGGUGGGUGGGUAUCUGAGUGGCCUUGCUCUCAAAGUCUGUGACAGCUCCAGCUCAGCCAAAAUGUUUUCCUUUUGGAAAGGGUGUGAGCUCUGCCUACGUUCUCAACAUUACAUUAAUUUUAUAAAUUAAACUAAAUAAUAAUUAUAAGU